CACGAGCAAAACUUGUCUUCACAUCAAAUAAUUGUAUACCAAAAUUACAUGUCUAUUCUUUAAACUUUGUUGGAAAUUCUGUAAAAAAAAAGUAAGUAUACAAAGUCAAACGUAAACGUGCCGGUGACCGUAUGGAAGAUUCCUUUCAUGUUGUUGCACAUGUUUCAAGAGACUCAUAUGUAGAAGUGAUUUGUCUUUUACGAUGGUGUAUUUGGAUUUGUCCGUUAUUGUUAAUCCUACUUUCAUUCUUUUGGCAUCUAUGCCGUGAUAUUCUUAAAAUGUACUACAAAACACCGACCCUUUUAUCUUAUUAAUUUAGUGUUUUUAAAUAUCUGGAUUCUCUUUUUCUAGGUUUUAUUUUUUAUUAUUCAAACAUUAUCGUUGUAGUUACUUUUUUGAACAUGAGUCAUUUAUUACGACAAAAAGCCUUAUGUCGUAUAACUGACACGGCUACGAAAAGACUUCAAGAAUUAUUGAAAAAGACAUCUAGGGAUUAUUUAAUUCAAGAUGUCCAAGAAAAAUUUUUCCCAAAGUUAAGUGUAAUACAGAGCGGGUGUAGUGGCUUAUCGUAUAAAUUAUGUUUUAUUCCAAGCGAAAAAAAACAACUAUCAGAUAUUCUUGUACCAACAACCGAUCCCAGUUUUCAUUUACUUAUUGACAAAAAAUCAGUCUUAUAUUUAGCGGGAGUUGAAAUUGAUUAUAAGGAAACCGCUAUUGAAUCACAAUUUUUAUUUAAAAAUUCUCAAUCUAAAACAUCAUGUGGUUGUGGCAAAAGUUUUUCUGUUUAAGAAAAAAAUUCCGUUAAAUUGUUUAUAACCACAAAAAAUUUAUUUGUAAUCAAAACUUGACAUUUGUCAAAAAUUCUUUUAUGUUCGUUAAUAAAAAAAGAAGCUGUGACUUUCUGGUUUAACCACGCAUGCAGCGUAACUUUUUUAAUAAAACUUAGUGCUUUUCGCAGAAAAUAGAAAAAAAAUUAUGUCGCAAUCAAAUUUAUACAGACAAGAGUCCGAAUCGAUUUCAGAAAAAUUUUCGGAAGAGUUACAAAGUACAAAAAAAAAAGUACAUAAGCAUCAUUUUGAAAAUUCACUUUCAACUCCCUCACGAUCAACUAAAAAAGUAAGAAAAGGUGGUAUUCAUUGGGAUGAUAAAGUUAUAGAGGAACAUAAUCAAUUUCGUGGUACACGAAUGCAAAUCAAAGAACCUAAGACACCUUUUUGUCGUGAUUUAUAUUGUGAUAGUAUGGAAGAUGAUUCUUCUGUGUGUAGUGACACAUUCAAUGAACCCCCUGGUGAAUACAGAGCGUCGACUCCAGCAGACAUAUCUACUAAAAAAUACAGUUUUUAUACACAAUAUUACAAUAGUGACUCAUCACAAGAUUCACAAUGUUUCGAGUCUUCAGAUGCCUCCUCUAAUGAAAUACUUUUAUCAACAACAAACCAACUUUAUUUUAACGAAUGUCCUUUAUUAAAAGGCUGCAAAUCCAAUAUUUUUUCCCAUGACAAUCUCUAAAUCUCCUUAGCUACGCCCUACCCAUCACGUUAUUUAAUAAUGCUUUUUUAUUUCAACUGUAUCGUCUAGUUUGAUUAUUCUAUUUUCUAAAACCUUUUUUUUUCUUUUAAGAUAGUGCAACAAACAAAUACCACCACACUGAGUAUAUACUACAAACAUCAAAUAUUGUCAAUCUUUUUAAAAGUUUUUCGUACAUGCUAUUUUUUUUUUGUAUAAAUAAUUUUCGAUUUCUGCCAAUUACGCGCCAAACACAUUCUUCGACAUUCACCGAGUCGCGGGUUUUCAAUUGACGCUUGGGACAAAGUGUUUUUGUCUCACUCGAAUUGUUGUGUAGUAAUAAAAUAAAAUAUUAUUGAAAAAAAAUCAUUCACAUAAAUUUUUUAUAUUUAGACGUUAUUGUUUAUUUUUUACAACAAUAAAUUCUUCAUAAAAUGAUCGCCUAUCGUUAUAACAUUUUUAAUCUACUUGUACUUCUUCUUUCAGCUUUGUCCGUGUAUUCAAAACUCAUUGCGUUAGAACCCAUUGAGGUUGCAAUCUAUAAUAAUCCUGAUGAUACCUCAUAUGAGUAUGUUUCUCCUGAGAUUGUAAAACCGACUCAAGUAGCACGUAAUGAGUAUGAAUCUUAUUCCCGAGCAGAAAAUACAGAUAAGAAAGAAGAAGAAACUUUAGCUUCCGCUUUAGAACUUUUAGAAGACAUUGUAUCGACUAUUCAUAAAAGUGCAGAAAAAUUGGGUGGAUCCGUCAACCACGAUGUCGAUCAACGUUCAUUGUGUCAGAAAAUUUACUCUAAAGGUAACACAAGACGGUUACGACGUGUUCUUACGGCUCUUUGCGGUAACCCGAAUUCACAAGAAACAUAUGCACCUCAACCAAAACAACCGGAAGACAAUCGCUACGUAACGGAAUCUUCGGAAAACAGUGAAGAAAAAAUAGUUUUUUUAGACGGUGAUGAAACAGUAGAGCUCAUCCCCGUUGAUAUUUAUGAGAUCGUCUAAAAGGUGGUACUUGAAGGUUUAUUUUUCGUAAGAUUUCACGUUAUCAGGUUUUCAAUAGAAGAGAAAUAAAAACAUUAGUUUUGGAGCAUUUAAUAAAAUUUUUUUUGCUUAAAACAAUUAACGUUAUCUAACGGAUACGUUUAUUUGUCGUAACAUUAUUAAAGCAAUUUCAAAGCAUCACCCUUGUGAAACACAACUCACAUAUCAAAACAAAUUAUCUUGUUA